GCGUGUUCAAACACACUACCGAGGCAGGCAGCAGCAGGCAUUCUAGUGAGUUAUUGCGCUACAGGGCAGCAGCGCAGGUUGUGAGGAUGCGGUGACAACAUCAGGAACAGUUCCAUAAAAAAGAGAGAUGUACUUGUCUAACAGAGUUAUUUAAAUUUCCCGAGAGUUUGAUCUGAGUGCUUUCUUUACGUCUCUGUCGUUUGAUGAAUGCGCCCCCAUUGUCAACCUGCUGGGGGCCUAACAGUGAAGCAGCACCCGGCUUUAUGAAUGGGGAUGCUAGGUUCCCAGGCUGACUGCAGUUGACAAGAAUCUAAAUAUACUCCCAAGAUCUCAAACAAAAACUAUAUUUGAAGCUUCUUUGUGCAUAAGAAAACAGCCACCAUGCCAAUACUAAAACAGCUAGUGUCUGGCUCCUCCCAGACCAAGCGCCGCUCACGCAUGGACCUGACCAGGGAGAUGAUCAGUGCUCCACUGGGGGACUUUCGCCACACCAUGCAUGUAGGCCGCAGUGGUGAUGCGUUUGGAGACACCUCCUUUCUCAGCACCCGCUCAGGAGAACCUCCCCCUGAGACCAAUUUCUUUCCCCGCUCUCCCCGGCCUGGCCUCCUGUCUCGCACCUUCAGGAGCAGCAAACGCUCCCAGUCGGUGACCAGAGUUGACCAGCAGAGUGACAACACCCUGGUGAGUCCUGGUGGGUCACCCACCUAUGUAAAGAAUGCCAUGUCUUUGCCCUUUCUCAAUGAUGACGACCGAGGGGACAGUAUGGUGGCUAAGAGUUUGUCCUCGAGUCCUUUAAAGCAGCACGGUGAGGGUGAUGGGAGAGGUGCAGCUUCAGCUGCUCACUUCCUGGAGCUAGAAGAACGCAGCUUUGGGGAGCUGACUGAACUUCCAAAGAGCUCCCACCCCUACGGAGGAGGUAUGAAGCAUGCCGAGUCAGUAAUGUCUUUUCAUGUUGACCUUGGACCCUCCAUGCUGGGUGACAUCCUGGGGGUGAUGGAGAAGGAGGAUGAUGAUCUUGGCUACGAGGAGGGCAAGAGCAGCGAGGGCCGUGCUUCCCCACCUCUCAGCACCCACGGUGAGGAAGAAUAUAGUAUGGAGAGAGAAAAAGAUGAGGAUGCAGAGGAGGAGAUGGAAGAAGAGGAAGAAGCUACAGAUCUCCAACAGCAGGCCUCAAUGCAUCCAGCUAACUCUGUUGAUCUUGGGACUGAGAAUGGAGGGCCCUACACCCCGGAGUACACUCCCGAGACUCGGCCUAAACACUUGCAACAUCUUGACAGCUGCUCCAUGUCCAGCUCUGGCUCUGCUGCCCUGGAUGAAAAACCAAACAGCCAGACAUAUGCAGGAGAUACAGACAGUGCCACCUUCAGUGCCCCGCCAGAGGAGGAGAGCAACUUCUCCUCUUUCUUGGAGGAUGAAGAUGAUGAGAUCCACGUAUGAGACUCUCAAGAAAAAAACAUAUACAUAUAUAGGGCAGAGCUCUGGAAGGGGUUCAUGUGAAACUAGCAAGUCUUUUGACAAUGUGGAUUUUCACUUGAACAGGAAUAAAGACUGUUGUUGUCAGUUACUGUGGGAAUGGGAGUGUGAAGAAGACGGAGGCCACUUGCUUUGUAGGUCUGCAAGAAGACAGUGACUGCUCCUCUUUGGAAAAGCCCAAACUCCAUCUGUUAGAGCCUUUCCCUCCACUGUCUGUCAAUCUGUCUCUCCCUUUUGAACAUUGACAGAACUGACAUGGAAGAGCAACCACACUUUGUCUAUAGAAUAUUGCACAAGUAAAGGGGAGGACGGUUUUGAAAGAAACUUUUAGGAAAAGAAUAAACUUAACGCUUUCUCUCCCCUUCCUCUGUCUUGAUACUUCACAUGUGCUCAAUUUGGUUCACCUAUCCUCUUCUUGUUGUGCUUUCUCUCACUGGCGUUGGGGCAUCAUGAUGGCUGGGCUGAACAGAAGGCCUCUGUCACCACAGGAUCACUGGUGGGUAUCUUUUCACAAUAUAGGGGGCUGUGUUUGUCACUGUAGUGUGUAGCCCUGCCGUGAGCCCCUUUCAUCUGAAAAGAUAUUGAUAUAAGUGCCAUAGAUCUGUCUGUUUUCUCCCUUAUGUAACUCAGGGUCCUUGCAAUACUGCUCAAAGGCUGCCAUUUCCUGCUGUAAAUCAGGACCACAACGCCCAAAACCCUCUUCUGUUUUUAAUUCACUGUGGGUGCCACACAGGCUUAACCUCAGUGUAAAUUAGAGAAAAGAUGUGCUGUAAAGCUAAUGGAGAUGCAUUGGCCUGUAAUAACUAAAAAGCAUGGUGUUACUGCAGAAAGCCAGAGGUGUGAGAAGUAGCGUAUGGCACGCUGGAGAGGGAUUGUAGAGCGUUUGUGGUCUCUUUUUCAAUGAACAGAUUUUUUUUUUUUUGUUCUACCCUUAAGCCAUUAUGAUGAUGCAUUUACAGAUUUCGGAUUACUGACAUGAAUUGGCCAUCUUCUUUCUAAUCUGUUAUUUCAAGUUGAAACUGAAAAGAGUUUGAAAACCACUUCCUUCCUUGUUUUUGUACAUCCGAGCAGCUGCAGUGGUACAACUGAACUGUGUAAAAGAUAUUGAUCCUUAGUAGUCCAUGGGCUGCCUUAUAUGUAUAACACAGUUUCCACUACUAGUCAUGAAGGUGGCUUUAGGGUAUGUAUUGUUUAAAAUUGGUGCACCAGCAGGCACAUUUAAACCAGACACUACUAGUAUUUGGUGUUUAAUACCUGUUGUUGCUUUUUAAUCUUUGAAAAAAAAACUUUGCUAUGAUUAUGUUAUGUCUGUUUAUAGAGUGGAUGAGAGAGAACACAGCCAGCAAUAGCAUUAAAGCAUUAAAAGAAAUUGCUAUUUCUGUGCAACUUGACAGUCAUUGCAGCUUGACUGUAUCUCUUGCAUCAUUAAAAGCUGCGGCCAGAAGUAUUGGGGCUCAGUUGUGCUGACUGAUUUCACUGCCUUAACUGAAACUGACAGAUGUGCCAAAUCAUAAUUUUCCAGCCAAAUAUAAUUUUACUUGUGGAGCUCACUUUUGGGAGAGCCUGUCAAAUCUGUCUGUCACUUUCUUCUUCUGUAUGGGUAAUCACUGUUGAAUUCAAGACUUAAGUUAGGUAAGGUUAAAAGAUAAGUACAUGUGUUGUAAAAUUUCAAUCAAGCAGGAAACUGAAUCUGAACAGGAAUUUGCAUAACUGGAUUUAUACUUCCCUUCACUCAAACACUACAAAAAAUAUUCAGGUCGUUAAUGGGGUUAACAAUUUUGUGCGAAUGGGAAGUUGUCUGUGAUGCCCUUUCUGUAUAUUGAUGUACAGUAUAUUAUGCCUUACUUCUUUACUGUCACCUUCUUUCUGAAUUAUCUAAAAUAACCUUUAUUUUUCAAUAAAAGAAAUCCUGAACGUCU